AUGGCCUCUCUAUUUCUUUAUCAGCCAAAGAAUGCGUUACAAGAGCUCAGGGAAGAAGGUCUGAGAGAGAAUUGCAUUAACUUUGUUGCCAAUGACGAUACAAAGGUUUCAGAUGAUGAGGAUGAUGAAGAGAGAUGUGGGAGUCAGCUGAACGACAAGUCCAACCCUAUUGUCAAUCCUCAACCUCCAGCUGACCAAAAAACAGAUAAUAGGAGGGAAAAGUCUCUGGCGCUUCUUACGCAGAAUUUCAUGAAGCUCUUUAUCUGCUCCACUAAAGAAAUGAUCUCCCUUGAUGAUGUUACCAAGUUAUUGCUUGGGGAUGCACAGAGUGCAUCAGCGAUGAGAACUAAAGUAAGGCGGAUUUAUGAUAUUGCAAAUGUUUUGUCCUCCAUGAAUCUCAUUGAGAGACCCACACAGCAGAUACAAGGAAACCUGCAUUUAAGUGGUUGGGAUUGA